AUUUGUAAACGAAUUCGAAAUUUUCAGCCUAUGCUUGGCUCGUUUGUUUCUCUCGUAGAAACCACAUGACACAGGAGCAGAACAAUUUAUCGGCCCCCAGAGGCACUUUCGAUAUAAGCAGCGAUGUAGAGCACCUAAUAGACAAUACCAACGAGGACAUGUCGAAGUUUCGUGAAAAGGUUCAGCAUCUGAUGGACAACGUAGCCGAGGUGGUGGGGGAAAACCAGCAACUCCGCCACGAGUUGGCCAGAUACAAGCUGGCGGAGACAAGAAAGCCUGGUGGCAUUGAGGAGGUCCAGCAGCGAAGCCAGAUGACCGAAGACGCAUUGGCUACUGCCUUGAAACAGAUCGAUUUUCUGCAGAAGGAGCGAGGCAGCCUGAAAAUGAUCCAUGAGUGCUCACAGCGUACCAUCGAUAACAUGGAGAAGGAGCUAAAGAACUACCGGAAACAGCUUCAAGACUCGGGCGACGACAAGGUCAUCAAUAAGUACAUUCAAGCUAUUAAAAUGAUGGAGGGUAGGGUCGACAGCCAAAAAAACGACAUACGCGCACAGGCAGAGAUGAUUCAAGUUCUGCACGAUCAAAAACAGCGCAGUGGUAAGCAGCUCCUGGAAAUGCAGGCGAAGCUACAGGAGCAGGAACACCAGUCGGCGGUCAAUUACGAGAACUCAAUGGAAAUAGCCGCUCUGAAGCAGCAGGUCAUGGAUUACGAGCAGCGUCUGCAUGACGCUCAACAGCUGCUCAGGGAGAGCCACAAGCGGGAGGAAGUGGCCAUGGCCAAGGUCCAGGAAGCCCUCAACCUCAGCGAUUCGGCUGCUCGGGAAAAGACCGAUGCGGAGAGACGAUCCGAGAGCUACAAAGUGGAGCUGGCUCAGCUGGCCAAAAAUAUGGGCGUCAUCUUGGAGGAAGAAGCGAAACGUGUAGACAACGAGGUAAAAGUGCUAAGAUCCAAGCAUCGCGAGAAGCUGAAACAGCAUAAGGCGGAGCACAUAGCGAAAAUGCAAGCGCUGGUGACACGCUACACUCAAUUGGAGAAAAAGUAUAAUGAGGUUUUAGAUCAGAAUGAAAAACUCUACGCUGAGCUGCAAGACACUAGCCAGCGUCUGAACGACGACAAGCAGAAAAUAUCCGAACUCAAGAUCUACGAGACUCGAGUGAGCGAAUACAUCCAGCACCAAAGAAAAAUAAACGAAGAGUACAAGAAGGCAAGGAAUGACCUAACGACAAAGUUUCAGCAGGAGGUCAGACGUCUUAUGGAUAUGAACUCAGAGCUGAAGGCCGAAAUAACGAUUUUAAAGGGGGAAAACUCCAGAAACCAUACCAUUUAGAAUAGCUUGCAAACUGUACAAAUAUACGUAUAUUAGUUAAGUUAUGGCAUAAA